CUGCUUUCAGGCCAGUGCUGGACACAGCACGGAAAGGGACAGGGGAAAACACUAACAACAACAGCCUUUCCUCCUGGGCUCUCUCAGGGAAGAAAUGAUUCUGCAAAAAUUCAAGCUAGAGGAAUUUGCCAAACCUGUGAGUAUUAUAGAUGUAUAUCAUCAUCACUUACCUAUCUCCUUCCUAGUUGUGUUGUAUCUUAUUGGGAUUAUAUAUAUACACUGACUAUACCAAACAUUAAGAACACCUUCUUUAUAUUGAGGUACCCCCCCCUUUGCCCUCAGAACCUCAAUUUGUCGGGGCAUGGACUCUACAAGGUGUCGAAUGUGUUCCACAGGGAUGCUGGCCCAUGUUGACUCCAAUGCUUCCCACAGUUGUAUCAAGUUGGCUGGAUGUCCUUUAGGUGGUGGACCAUUCUUGAUACACACGGAAAACUGUUGAGCGUGAAAACCCAGCAGCAUUGCAGUUCUUGACACAACCGCUGCGCCUGGCACCUACUACCAUACCCAAUUCAAAGGCACUUAAAUAUUUUGUUUUGUCCUUCACCCUCUGAAUGGCACACAUACACAAUCCAUGUCUCAAUUGUCUCAAGGCUUAAACAUCCUUCUUUAACCUGUCUCCUCCCCUUCAUCUACAAUGAUUGAAGUGGAUUUAACGUGACAUCAAUAAGGGAUCAUAGCUUUCACCUGAAUUCACCUGGUCAGUCUAUGCCAUGGAAAGAGCUCAUCAUGUUCAUACUGUUUUGUACACUCAGUGUAUAUUGGCGGUAGGACACAUUGUAUGAUGCUUAUUAAUGUACACAUGCAGUGAAAUUAUCAGACAUUGCUUGUUAUAUGCGGUCUAUAACCUUUUCAGGAAUGAAUGACACUAUUUAGAAGAGGAAGAAAUUAUUGGUUAAAUGUGUACAAUGUUUGCAUCAGUUUCUGUAAUGUACAGCUAUAUUAUAGGUUUACAUUAACCACUAUCUUCAGGAAAUUGUUAUUCUGAUUAAUUAGGUGAUUCAUUAGUUUAAUGUUAUACAAAAUAUAUGAGCUACUUUAACAGUCUUUAUGAGCUGAGAAAUCACAAAGAAAAUUGCAUUUUCCUCAUAAAACUAAUGAGAAUAUUGAGAUCUGUGGAAAACAAUCUCAAGUAAGAUAUUUAAUUCUUGAUAUCAAGGUUUUUUACUGAGCAAUCAUUCAGUUAUGAAUGUUCCAUUCCUAUGCCAAUGUUUUUGAAUGAAUUGAAGCUUUAAAUUGGCUAUCUUUGUGGAAAUCUGCAAUGGAAUGUUGAACUCAACAAGACGUUUACAAUGAGUAUACAAAGUAAGACAGUUCGACAACCUCUAGAGCAUACAGUAUUUAACAUUGAUGGGUCUGCUUUAUAAGUAUAAGUAUUCAAUACUUUGCUAUAAUUUCAUCUGACGGCUUUUCAGUGUUGAUUGUCUGUGUUAGAUAUUCAUGUAAUGUAAGCGAGUGAGUGAUAUUAAUUUGUGAGUGAUGUGUGUUUUGGUGCAGGGCUUGCCCCGACCAGAAGGCCUGCUGACCUCUCAGGCUAAAAAUACCAUGAUGCAUCUCACCGGCCAGAACCACCGGCUGGCGUCUAAAAAUGUAUGUGAUUCCAAAACACCUGGCCUCCAUCUGUCAGCUACACAGGGAGGGGAAGAGGAGGAGGUGGUGAUGGUGAGUCGGCUUAAGCCUGGCUCUGCCAUACUGCCAACUCUGGGCCUAGAGGGCCCUGCCACCCAGAGAGACUCCUCGCUCCUGGUCAGGUAUGUAUUAUGUACUGUUGGCUCACUUGGCUGAGGCAGCUGUACAUGUAUUUUAAAUUUGUCAACAAAAAAUAAUUUGUUCAUUCAUUCAUUCAUUCAUUCAUUCAUUCGUUCAUUCGUUCAUUCGUUCAUUCGUUCCUUCCUUCCUUCCUUCCUUCCUUCCUUCCUUCCUUCCUUCCUUCCUUCCUUCCUUCCUUCCUUCCUUCCUUCCUUCCUUCCUUAAAUCCUUCCUUCCUUCCUUAUUUAUUUCCUUCCUUCCUUUCUUCCUUCCUUCCUUCCUUCCUUCCUUCCUUCCUUCCUUCCUUCCUUCCUUCCUUCCUUCCUUCCUUCCUUCCUUCCUUCCUUCCUUCCUUCCUUCCUUCCGUCCUUCCUUCCUUCCUUCCUUCCUUCCUUCCUUCUUUCCUUCCUUCCUUCCUUCCUUCCUUCCUUCCUUCCUUCCUUCCUUCAGGUCCAGGUCUCCCCUGCCUGGCUCAUCUCGAGAGAGGGAGAACCUGCCCCCGCGGCGGCCUCUGAAGCUGGCCCCUCUGGAGCUGCCCAGGGAGGUACAGAAGGCCCAGAGACAGAAGAUGAAGGGGAUUGGGCUGCAGGCCAAGACUGCUGCCCGCAAACUGGACACUACGGUAGGGGACCAACACUGCCACAGGAAGGUGAAGGCCUGUGGGGUGAGAGGAGAGGGACCAGAACUGGUUAAAGGUGCGGCAGAGUGUGUCUCCACCCCAGCCACACGUCCCCUACCCCUGACUGAAACAGCUCCCAGAGUCCAGCGACAGCAGAAGGUUCAGAGAGCGGAUCUUGCUCAUACCAACCCAAUCCAGAGACAAACAGGAGACAGGCUCUCAGAAGACGCUGGUACUGCCAUUAAAGACCUCCAUCCUCCUCCUAGCAGCAAACCAGCCUCUCCCUCUGCCUCUUUCCCCGUCAGUGCCAAAGCUCAGGCCCAGCAGGCGGUAGCACCAUAUGGCGAGGAGAGCGUAUGCCAAGCGACCGGCACGUUCCAGCAGGAGACCGGUAAAAAGAGGCUACGUCUGAGGAGGGCAGAGCGCCUCGAAGAGGAUCAGAGCAAAUCUAACAUGUCAACAGGAGGAUUACCUGGGGAAGAGGCCAAGCUGGCAGGAGGUGUCCAGCAGGGAAAAGCCCUGAGGGUAGAAAAGACAGAGAAGGCUCUGAGGACAGAGAAAGCCCUGAAGGAGGCCAGUCGCAUGCUGGAGAAGGCUUCCAGGAAGAACGCCAGGCCGGAAUCACCGGAGAACCCGCUGGAAGUGUCUGGAAAGGCCAUCAGGAGAAUGGCAGUGAGCAACCUCCAGGACGCUGUCCUUUGACCUCUGACCUCUGAUCUUUGACCUCUUAACCCCUGACUCCUUUUGACCAGCCCAGGAAUUAGUGAAAACA